UAUAGCUCCAAUUAAGAAGCUUUCGACUAUAAACUUACUUAUUAUUACUCGAUAUAUUCGAAAAUGUCUCAGCAAUCCACUAUUAACCUUAAUAUCCUCCAAAAUAAAGAGGAUUUCGAACUAGAACCAAUUUCGAAACAACCUCCUAUUUUUAAGCUUGGCUUAAUGAAAAAGACUUUAGACUCUCCUAAAGCUAAUCCGGAAAAUAUUAAUAAUUAUCGAACAGUUACUGUUCGAUGCCUCUUUAAGGGGUGUACUAAAAAAUUCAAAAAUUAACGAAUCGGUAAUUCAAUAAGCAAUUAUAAAG